AUGCUCAUACAUGAACACUCUCCAGAUGCUGAAUAUGUAGAUCUGCUUCUCAACCCCGAACGUUACACAGGCUAUAAAGGUCCAGAAGCAUGGAAAAUCUGGAACAGUAUCUAUGAAGAAAACUGUUUCAAGCCAAACUCCAUUAGAAGACCAUUCAACCCAUUGCUUCCUGGCAGAGGUGAUGAAGGUGGAAGCUUCUAUAGCUGGCUGCAAGGAUUGUGUUUAGAGAAGAGAUCAUUCUAUCGAGCAGUUUCCGGUCUGCAUACAAGCAUCAACAUACAUCUUAGUGCACGAUAUCUAUUACAAGAUACCUGGUACAAAAGAAAGUGGGGACACAACAUCACAGAAUUCAAGCAGCGAUUUGAUGCACAGAUUACCAAGGGAGAAGGACCACGGAGACUCCGAAAUCUUUAUUUCUUGUACCUCAUAGAGUUGAGGGCUUUAGCUAAGGUGUUGCCUUACUUUGAGCGUUCUACCUUCCAACUUUACACAGGAAACAACGCACAGGAUACAAAAAAUAAAAAACUUCUUCUGGAAAUUCUUCAGUUGGCUAAAUCAUUUCCCUUUCCCUUUGAUGAACAUUCCUUGUUUGCUGGGGAAAAAAAGGAAGCUGAAAAUCUCAAGGAAGAAUUUCGUCUGCAUUUCAAAAACAUUUCAAAAAUAAUGGAUUGUGUUGGUUGCUUUAAAUGUAGACUCUGGGGCAAGCUUCAGACACAGGGAUUGGGUACUGCUUUGAAAAUCCUGUUCUCAGAGAAACAAAUAAAAAACUUACCAGACUCUGGUCCAUCUCAAAGAUUCCAUCUAAAGCGUCAAGAUACUGUUGCACUCCUUAAUGCUUUCGGAAGGAUUUCCACAAGUAUCUGGGAGCUUCAGAACUUCACAGAGUUACUGGAAGCUGUACAAUAAUGACUCCAAACUGCCCCUUAGCUGUUAAGUCAAAGGACAAUUUUAUCCCCUCAUUAAUGUCACAUAAUUUUUGCAACAAAGAAAUGUAAUUGAAUUCUCCAGCUAAAGGCUGUAACUUUUUUUUUAAAAAAAUCACUGAUCACUCCUGGGCAGCUGCCCAAAUUUUGCUGAAUGUGAAAAUGAAUUGAAGUUGAGCCAUGUUGUGCUGUAAAAUAGCUUGCUAUACGGAGGGAAUAUCACUGAUUAUUCUGUACCUUUCAACUGCUAAACAUUCUAAUCUAAAUAUUGGCAAAUGUGUUGCAGAUAUUUGAUUCCAAAUGUUUACACGGGUGAAAUGUUACUGAUUUUUAAACUCAUGUUGAGUUUACAAAAAUGCACUGUUCGCAAACAUUUUUUUUUGAUUUGAGUUAUUGAAAACGCAACUUGGUAAUAAA